AUGCAUUUUUAUGCCCCCAAGACAGCAUACCUUCUCGUAGAGAGCUUUUCAUUUGCAAGGUUUCUUUGCAUGCCAUUUCCAGAUGAGGGGUUUGCCGUUGUAUAUAGCCUUACAAUUGUCACAACGAGGAGAAACAGAGAGGCUCGCCUGGAAUAUCUCAAUUUGACGCAUUUCUGCAUACAGGCAUCGAAUUCUGAUCACAAAAAUUGGUUCACAAAUGGAAAGUCACGAUUAGAUCUAUUAGCAGAAGAUCUGGAGGGAGAGGUUGGGUGGGGAAGGGGGAGGCAACAAGAGAAAUUUGGAAUCUCUCACAAUUAA